AUGUAUGGGAGCGCAAGAACAAUCAGCAACUUGGAAGGUAGUCCUUCCCGGUCGCCUCGCUUGCCAAGGUCACCUCGUUUGGGCCACCGGAGAACCAGUAGUGGAGGUGGGGGAGGAACAGGUAAGACAUUGUCCAUGGAAAACAUCCAGUCCCUUAAUGCAGCCUAUGCAACAUCUGUACCAAUGUACUUGAGUGACCACGAGGGGGUUGCGUCUACGACUUUCCCCAAGGGCACGAUGACCCUCGGAAGGGCCACGAAUCGAGCUGUGUAUGGGGGUCGGGUCACAGCCAUGGGGAGCAGCCCCAAUAUUGCAUCUGCUGGCCUCUCCCACACCGACGUCCUUUCCUACACUGACCAGCAUGGGGGUCUGACCACGUCAUCUCAUCAUCACCACCACCAAGUUCCUUCCAUGUUGAGACAGGUAAGGGACAGCACCAUGCUGGAUUUGCAGGCUCAGCUCAAGGAGCUGCAGCGGGAGAAUGAUCUCCUCCGCAAAGAGCUAGACAUCAAAGACAGCAAGCUGGGGUCCUCCAUGAAUAGCAUCAAGACAUUUUGGAGCCCUGAACUCAAGAAAGAAAGAGUCCUACGCAAAGAAGAGGCAGCCCGCAUGUCUGUUCUCAAGGAGCAGAUGAGGGUCUCACAUGAAGAAAAUCAGUUUUUGGAUGCCAGGAGAACAAAGCACCUGCAGUUGACAAUCCAGGCUCUUCAAGAUGAGCUCCGAACCCAGAGAGACCUUAAUCAUCUCCUCCAACAGGAGAGUGGCAACCGCGGAGCCGAGCACUUCACCAUCGAGCUGACGGAGGAGAAUUUCCGAAGGCUCCAAGCUGAGCAUGACCGCCAGGCUAAAGAGUUGUUCCUCCUGCGGAAGACCUUAGAAGAGAUGGAGCUGAGGAUUGAAACCCAGAAACAGACUCUCAAUGCCCGCGAUGAAUCCAUCAAGAAACUCCUAGAAAUGUUACAAAGCAAAGGUUUGCCUUCGAAAGGCAUGGAAGACGACAAUGAGAGAACUCGAAGGAUGGCUGAGGCAGAAUCUCAGGUGAACCAUUUAGAAGUGAUCUUAGACCAGAAGGAGAAGGAAAACAUCCAUCUGAGAGAGGAGCUGCACAGGAGGACCCAACUUCAGCCGGAACCGGCAAAGACGAAGGCUCUUCAGACUGUCAUAGAAAUGAAGGACACAAAAAUCGCCUCCCUGGAGCGGAACAUCCGGGACCUGGAGGACGAGAUCCAGAUGCUGAAAGCCAGCGGCGUCCUGCACACGGAGGAGCGGGAAGGGGAGAUCAAGCAAGUGGAAGUGUACAAGAGCCACUCCAAGUUCAUGAAGAACAAGGUGGAUCAGUUGAAACAGGAAUUCUCCAAGAAGGAAUCGGAACUUCUCGCCUUACAGACCAAGCUGGAAACCCUCAGCAACCAGAAUUCGGAUUGCAAACAGCAUAUCGAGGUGCUUAAAGAAUCUCUAACCGCCAAAGAGCAGCGGGCAGCCAUCCUGCAGACGGAGGUUGAUGCCCUGAGAUUACGACUGGAAGAGAAAGAAUCUUUCCUCAACAAAAAGACCAAACAGCUACAGGACCUCACAGAAGAGAAAGGGACGUUGGCCGGAGAGAUCCGGGAUAUGAAGGACAUGCUGGAAGUGAAGGAAAGGAAAAUCAACGUCCUGCAGAAAAAGAUAGAAAACUUGCAAGAACAAGUGAGAGACAAGGACAAACAGCUGAGCAACCUGAAGGACCGUGUGAAGUCUCUGCAGACGGAUUCCAGUAACACCGACACGGCCCUUGCGACAUUAGAAGAGGCUUUGUCUGAAAAGGAGAGAAUCAUUGAACGCUUGAAAGAACAGAGAGAACGCGAUGAUCGAGAACGCCUGGAAGAAAUUGAAUCCUUCCGAAAAGAGAACAAGGACCUGAAGGACAAAGUCAACGCUCUUCAAGCCGAACUCACGGAGAAAGAGUCUAAUCUAAUUGACCUCAAGGAACAUGCCUCCUCCUUGGCAUCCGCGGGCUUGAAGCGGGAUUCCAAAUUAAAGUCCCUGGAAAUAGCCAUAGAACAAAAGAAAGAAGAAUGCAGUAAAUUGGAAGCGCAAUUGAAGAAGCAAGCUGAGCAGUUGUUCAAUCAGAUGUACAAUCCCGCUCAUAAUGUUGAAGAAGACUCCAGGAUGAACCCUGAAUUUGCAGAUCGAAUGAAGCAGUUGGACAAAGAGGCAUCUUACUACCGCGAUGAAUGUGGCAAAGCCCAGGCAGAAGUUGACAGGCUCCUGGAGAUCCUCAAGGAGGUGGAGAAUGAAAAGAACGAUAAAGACAAGAAAAUUGCUGAACUCGAAAGCUUGAAUUCCAGACAUAUGAAAGACCAAAAUAAGAAAGUGGCCAACCUUAAGCACAACCAACAACUGGAAAAAAAGAAGAAUGCCCAGUUAUUGGAAGAAGUACGAAGGAGGGAGGAUAACAUGACAGACAAUUCCCAGCACCUACAGUUAGAAGAGCUGAUGAAUGCCCUUGAAAAGACCAGACAAGAAUUGGAUGCUACCAAAGCUCGCCUUGCCUCAACACAGCAGUCCCUGGGUGAAAAAGAAGCCCAUUUGGCCAACCUACGGAUAGAGAGGAGAAAACAGCUUGAGGAAAUCCUGGAGAUGAAACAGGAAGCCCUGCUGGCUGCUAUCAGUGAAAAGGAUGCCAACAUAGCCUUGCUUGAACUGUCUGCUUCCAAGAAAAAGAAGACGCAAGAGGAAGUCAUGACCCUGAAACGUGAAAAAGACCGAUUGGUGCAUCAGUUGAAGCAGCAGGUUUAUAGAUAUAAGAAACAUCCCCAGAGCAUGAACAUACCAACCACUUGUGAUGUUGGCUUCAUCACAGAUAUUGCUGCCACCUACCUCGGCUCCAGCCAUGAUGCACACAUGAUCCCAAAGUCUCAGACCCAGAACAGAAUGAAGUUGAUGGCUGACAAUUACGAUGAAGACCAUCACCAUUACCAUCAUCAUCACCACCAUCACCAUCACCGGUCUCCCGGGAGGUCCCAACAUUCCAACCACAGACCCUCUCCAGACCAGAUGAUCCAGCCACUGGUGGAGGCACAUGACCACGGCAAAGUCUCACGCCGCUCAUUGAUCACCUGUCCAACCUUUGCCUAG